CACAGGUGCUGCCAUCUUGUGCCUAUGCAUUUUCUUGAAAGUAAAAUUCUAUCGUUUUCAAUAUUUUAGUGGAUAUAAUGACUCUACGACAGACUCCGUUGACUUGCAGUGGUCACACCAGACCAGUCACGGAUCUUCACUUCAGCGAAGUUACUCCUGAUGGCUACUUUCUCAUAAGUGCUUGCAAAGAUGGUAAGCCUAUGUUACGUCAAGGGGAUACAGGUGAUUGGAUUGGAACCUUCGAGGGACACAAAGGGGCUGUAUGGGGAGCAACAUUGAAUAAAGAAGCCUCAAAAGCUGCGACAGGUGCAGCUGAUUUUUCAGCGAAGCUAUGGGAUGCAGUGAGUGGAGAAGAAUUGAGAAGUUUCACUCAUAAGCACAUUGUUAAAAGUGUCAGUUUUUCACAUGACAGCCAGUAUCUCCUUACAGGAAGCAAUGAAAAACUACUGAGGAUAUUUGAUCUCAAUCAACCGGAAUCUGACCCAAUAAGCUUUAAUGGACACACAUCAAGUAUAAAAAGUGCAGUAUUUACCCUAGAUGGCAAAUAUAUCAUCAGUGCGGGAGAUGAUAAAAGUGUUAGAGUUUGGGAAGUAUCCAGUCAAAAAGAAAUCAAGAAAUUGGAGUUUAUAGCAAAUCCCAGUAGCCUUGAGCUUAGUCAAGAUGGCAAAACCCUCACCAUUUCAUAUGGAAACUUUGUCACAUUCUAUAACACUGAAAAUUGGGAACAAAUCAAAGAAGUGGAAGUUCCAUCUCAACUUUACACAGCAUCCUACUUACCUGAGAAAGGAAUAUUUGUUUGUGGGGGAGAAGAUUUCAAAAUGUACAAAUAUGACUUUGCAACUGGCUCAGAAGUUGAAUCAUUCAAAGGACAUUUUGGACCAAUCCAUUGCAUCAAGUUCUCCCCUGACGGUGAACUUUAUGCCAGUGGUAGUGAAGAUGGCACUCUACGACUGUGGCAGACAACUGUAGGCAAAACAUAUGGACUCUGGAAGGUCGUAGAUCCUGCUCUAGGAGAUGCUGACUGUAUCACAAAUAAUAAACCAGAAACUUAGUAACACUGGAAAUAUGACAAUCAUAAUCGUAUGUGUUCAAAAACAUUGACUUUGACAUGUGUGCCAUCCAUUUUGCAGGUUCUGGAACUCAUUUAUUUGGUGUUCAGUGCUCAAUUUUGAUUGUAUUGGAGGAAGGAAAUUCCUGAUGGAAUACGGAUGAAUGUACACACGAUUUUUUGUGACUGAGAAUUAGACUACAUGUACAUCGUAAAAUAUUGUUUUGUCUUGCCUCGUCUUGUUUUAUUUAAUUGUGAUCUUAUUGUCAAAAGCUUCUAUUCUUCAAUAUUUAAUUAUAUUUCAUGGUUGGAAACUUGUAAAAACAACUGUUCACAGGACUAAGUCUUUUUCAAGGGCCCAAAGAAAAUAAGGCCAAUGUGCCCGUUUACAAUUAACAAUUACAAUUGGCCCUAUUUUCAGUCAACCUUAUUUGGAUCAUAUACAUAUAAAUGAAUGAUUCUUUGAGCUAUGUAUUACUAACUGAAAAAAGCAUGUACUCCAUACUUUAGAAUGUGAAAAAUAAAGUCAUUAUGAAUCUUACAA